CGCCGCCGCCGCGCGCCCGCCCCGCCCGCCCGGUCCGCCAUGGCCGGGCUCGUGGUCAGUGGAACUCAAGUGUCCUACAUAGGCCAAGACUGCAGAGAAAUUCCAGAGCACCUUGGCAGAGACUGUGGACAUUUUGCAAAGAGGCUGGAUCUGAGCUUUAACCUUCUGAGGUCACUGGAAGGACUGAGCGCAUUCAGGAGCCUGGAGGAGCUCAUCUUGGACAACAAUCUGCUCGGGGACGACCUCGUGUUGCCAGGGUUACCCAGGCUCCAUACCUUAACCCUCAACAAGAACCAAAUCACCAAUUUGGAGUGUCUGCUCGAUCAUCUAGCAGAAGUGACACCUGCUCUGGAGUACCUCAGUCUGCUGGGCAAUGUGGCGUGUCCCAAUGAGCUGGUCAGCUUGGAAAAUGAUGAAGAAGACUACAGGAGAUACAGAUGCUUUGUUCUGCACAAGCUGCCCAACUUGAAGUUUCUGGAUGCCCAGAAAGUCACCAGACAAGAGCGAGAGGAGGCUUCGCUGAGAGGGGCCUUCAUGAAGGUGGUGAAGCCCGAGGCUUCCAGUGAGGAUGUCGCUGUCUCCCAGGAGUGCCACUACACACCCCUGCCUUCUGCUUCCAGGGAACUCACCAGUCACCGAGGUGUCCUGGGGAAGUGCCGCUAUGUUUACUAUGGGAAAAACUCGGAGGGCAACAGGUUUAUCCGAGAUGACCAGCUCUGAAGCCAAGUUCCGUGUGCCUUAGCCUACUUCAUGACAAUAAAAGAAAAAGGGAAAUCAAAA